AUGGAGCGUACGCUACCUUCCCCGGCCGGGUACGGAGGACCUGAAGGCCCUGGAGGCUUUCCGCCUCGUGGGCACCCACCUCCACCAAAUUGGCAGGGUCAACCGGGAUUCGCGGUACAUGCUCCGCCCCCUGGUCCAAAUCAGUACGCUAGCCUGUAUGCUGCUGCUUCAGAUGUGCUUGGGAUGGGUCCUCCGCCUGGUGCUCCCGCAUCAGGGGGCUACCCUCCUUCACAAUACGGACAUUCGCCACCACCGCCACCAGGCCAGAUGCCACCACAGCAAUACUAUGCCAACGGUGGCCCCGGUCCCUCGCCUGUGUCUUCUAGCCAAUCAGUACCCUUUCUCGGUCCUGGUGCCUAUUCAUCUUCGGGCACACCGUCAAUCUAUGCGGGUUCUUCACAAACAUCUCUGCCCCGAAGCGAUGCUGCUAGCAUCCAGAGCGACGAUGAUAUCGAAUUCCGGAAUCGCCCUUCGCUACAGAGAUCUGGCACGGUGAUGUCAGUCAGCCCAAGAACCCAGAAAACAAAAGCGAUAGAUCUCAGUGCUCCUCCUUAUACGAAGCAGUACAUCGACCAGUAUCGUAUGAGAAUUAAAGAUGAUCCCGACCCAGAAGCACAUUUCCUGUACGCAAAGUAUCUGAUUGAAGCAGCCAAACGGUUCGGUGCCGAUUCAAAAGAUCAACGGGGGGUGAAGAAAUAUCGUGAUGCGCUCAUCGCGGAGUCUUUGAAAGUAAUCCGACGUUUGGCUACCCAGGGACAGGCGUACGACGAGGCACAAUUUUUCUUGGCCAAUUGCCAUGGCACCGGUAUGCUUGGGCUCCAGGUGGAUCACGAACGGGCAUACCAUCUAUAUCUGCAGGCUGCGAAACAGAACCACGCCGCCGCCUGUUACAGAGUUGCUGUUUGCAAUGAGCUUGGUGCUGGAACCAGGAAGGAACCGCAGCGUGCACUAGCAUUUUAUCGCAAGUCUGCAUCGCUGGGCGACACAGCCGCGAUGUACAAGCUCGGCGUCAUCUUAUUGCGUGGACUGCUCGGCGAGCAGCCUAAUGCGCGUGAUGCCGUGGGAUGGUUGAGGCGGGCUGCAGAGCAAGCGGAUGUGGACAAUCCGCAUGCGCUGCACGAGCUCGGGAUGAUCUAUGAAAACCCAAAGAAUGGCGUCGUGCCGUAUGAUCCCGCGUACGCAAAGGAGAUGUACACUCGCGCGGGGCACCUUGGAUACACUCACUCGCAGUACAAACUUGGGCAGUGUUAUGAGUACGGGAGCUUGACAUGUCCCGUCGACCCGCGUCGGUCGAUUGCAUGGUAUACAAAGGCGGCGGAGAAGGGGCAUUCAGAAGCAGAGCUUGCGCUGAGCGGAUGGUACUUGACUGGGAGCGAGGGUGUAUUGAAGCAGAGUGAUUCAGAGGCGUAUCUGUGGGCGCGACGGGCAGCGAACAAAGGUGUCAGCAAGGCUGAAUAUGCCGUUGGGUAUUACGCGGAGGUCGGCAUCGGCAUUAAGCAGGAUGUCGAGUUCGCGAAACGAUGGUACAUGCGAGCAGCAGCGCAAGGCAAUAGACGUGCAAUGAACCGCCUUACCGAGAUGAAGCGGUCUGGAAACAAGCGGGCAAACAUGGCACGGCCAACGCGUCAGGACGCGAAAGACGAGUUAAUCGUCGACUCGCUCACUGCAAUGGAAGAGAGUGAAAAAUCGCUGCUGGAACAUCUCGACCUGUCUCAGUUGACAUGUCUCAACGAGGAGGGAGACAACUCACUCAAGUCGAUCUUAUCCUCUCGCUCUAGGAACACGGGUAGCUCGUACCUCCUCAGUGAUGUCGACGAACAACUCCUCCUGAACAUAACUUUCAACCAGACUGUGCGCAUACGCUCAAUUGCUAUCCAGACAUCCAAUGUGGCGCAGGCCCCGCGUAAAAUUAAACUCAUAACCAAUCGCCACACUCUGGGGUUCGAUGAUAUUGAAGAUGGCUCUAUCGCCCAGGAAUUUGAGCUUUCUGAAGACCAAGUACGGGAUGGAAAGCGGAUCCAGCUCCGAUACGUUAGAUUUCAAGCGGUGACUAGUCUGCAUAUUUUUGUUGAGUCCAACCAAGGAAACGAAGAUCAAACUCGAGUCGAUGCCGUCGAUAUCUAUGGAUUCCCCGUUGCAGGAACAAGAGAUCUGAGUGGUCUCAAGAAGGUAGAGGACGACUGA